UAUAUAUAUAUAUAUAUAUGCUUUUUUCUUUACCAUAUUUGGUUCUGGUUCUCUGUGGUUGUGUCCUGAGGAGGCUUUCCAUCUCUCCUUUUCAGGUACAGAUAAGUCGGGUUGGGGUUGGUAAUGUGCUGUGCUGAUUGGUUUCUUCAUUUUUAACACCGUUGGCCAUGGAUUCUUCUUUCGAGGGAGUUACACUUGAUCCAUCGAAAUGCAGUAAGUUGAGUAUGGAGGAAAAGAGAGAACUAGUCUAUGAAAUAUCAAAGUGGUCACAUGGUGCCUCCGAGAUGCUUCAGUCAUGGAGCCGUCAGGAGAUUUUACAAAUCCUGUGUGCAGAGAUGGGAAAAGAAAGGAAAUAUACUGGCUUGACGAAGUUGAAAAUUAUAGAGAAUCUUUUGAAAAUUGUAUCUGAAAAGAAAUCAGGGGGGCAUGAGGCCGUAAUUGACCUUGAACAACCGUCUUCCCCUGCACUUGCCCAAAGAGCUACCAAAAGGCAGAGGAAAACUGAUCACCCAUCUCGACUAACUGCUCCAACAAACAAUCUUUCAAACAGUAAUGGUGGCAGUGAAUUAGGUAACACUAUAUACUGCAAAAACUCAGCUUGCAGAGCUAUCUUAACUCGAGUAGAUGCAUUUUGCAAAAGAUGUUCAUGUUGCAUCUGUUAUCGGUAUGAUGACAACAAGGAUCCUAGCCUGUGGUUGAUUUGCAGCUCGGAGCCUCCAUAUCAAGGUAAUUCAUGUGGCAUGUCCUGCCAUCUGGAGUGUGCUCUAAAACAUGAAACUUCUGGAAUUUCCAAAGAUGGACGAUGUGCUGGACUUGAUGGGAGCUUUAAUUGUGUAUCUUGUGGGAAACUGAAUGAUUUGCUUGGAUGCUGGAGAAAACAACUGAUGACCGCAAAGGAUACCAGACGAGUUGACAUACUGUGCUAUCGCGUGUCCUUGAGCCAAAAGCUCUUAAAUGGGACUGAGAAGUAUCAAAAGCUUUAUGAGAUCAUUGUUGAAGCUGUUAAGAAGCUUGAAGCUGAAGUGGGUCCUUUAACUGGUUUACCUGUAAAGAUGGGUAGGGGUAUAGUGAACAGGCUUUCUUCAGGACCAGAGGUUCAGAGACUCUGUGCCUUGGCUGUGGAGUCACUGGACUCGAUGCAUUCCAAUACGUUUUUGCAUCCAUUGCCUGAUCUUGUGAUUCAAGAUUCAAACAUGAUUGCUCCCAAUAUUGUCAGAUUUGUAGAUGUCCAUGCAACAUCUGUCACUGUGAUUUUGGGUUCAGAAGAUUCUUCACCGGAAGAUACUGUUGGUUAUACCUUAUGGCAUCGUAAGGCUCAUGAUAUGGAUUAUCCAGCAGAACCUACUUGUAAACUUGUUGCGCCAAAUACAAGGUUUGUUGUUACUGGACUAACUCCAGCUACAGAGUAUAGAUUUAAAGUCGUUUCGGUUAAUGGUACAAGAGAUUUGGGCAUGUGUGAAGUUUGUCUCUCAACAGGCAGUGCUGAUGAUGAAGUCUUAAACAGCUUCAUAACUGAAAGAAGUGAAAGCCCAGCUACCAACUGUAGUAGCCUUUCUAAUCCUUCCUCAGUGGAGGAUGAAACUAAUAACAUUACUCCAUACAAUGACCAAGCUUAUAACCGAGCAGACAAUUAUCUUAAUUAUAGCAAGGACACUGAUAAAUUUAAAUCUGCGAAAUUAUGUGCUGAUGAUACUUUGAACUGCCCUGAGGGUGAAGAGGGAACCGCAUGUGCAGCAGAUGUUAUUUCAUUGUUGGAUGAGGAACGUGCCAUGGGGACAGUUGGUGCUGACCCCAAUUCUGAUGUCAUAAAGCUCAAGAACAAGAGCUCUCAAGAUGGGCAAAUUAUUGAGGACAUGAGCACUGAUGAUGGGUCAAAUUCCCCGGUUCGGACAGGAAUGGAAUGUGUGCCGUUUGUCAGUAAUUCUGAAGCUGGCUUGCCCAUCACUCCAUGCAAGUUGGAAGUAAAGGAUGGGUUAGGAAGGAACGUGAGAUCCAAAUCAUGCAGCCAGGAUCUGGAAAAUGGGAUUGGGAAAGGAGAGGAACCCCAAGAUGGCAGCACAUCGAAAAAGAGAAUGCUAGAAAGGCGGGACGAGGGAGGUGCGGCAAACGGUACUUCAGAUAGGGAUUUUGAGUAUUAUGUGAAGAUAAUCAGAUGGUUAGAGUGUGAGGGACAUAUAGAGAAGAAUUUCAGGCAGAAAUUCCUGACUUGGUAUAGCUUGAGGGCGACCCCACAAGAAGUAAGGAUUGUGAAGGUUUUUGUGGAUACUUUUAUUGAAGAUCCAGCAUGUCUUGCUGAGCAGCUUGUGGACACCUUUUCAGAAAGUAUUUCAAGCAAGAGAUCAUCUGUGGUGCCUGCUGGAUUUUGCAUGAAGCUUUGGCAUUGAUCAUCUUGUAAGCUUUUGAAUGCAGUUGAUUUUUAAACCCCCUUUUAACAUUAUUCGUCUAGUAGACUCAUGAUUCAUAUUUAUCAUCCACCAUUAUGCCAAUUCUUAUUAUCAUGUACAAGAAGAAUCUUAGAGCUCAUUUCAUUUUAUAGUACGGUUUCUCUUAUGUAUCCAUGUAUUCCCAUUUUGUCAUUUA